AUGACGGACUCUAGUAAAGAAGAUAAUCAUCCGGAGCUGCAUCAUCAUCAUGAAGAGGUGGAGGAGGAAGUGAAUAAGGAUCCUUAUUACUUGGAGGAGGCUGAGUACAUUAAAACGGAACAUAGAUGGCGUAAUAGACAACGCGUAUUGGUAUUUGGUAGUAGAGGCAUAACAUCACGAUAUCGUCAUUUAUUGGAAGAUAUUAAAAGGAUAUGUGUCCAUAGUAAAUCAGAACCUAAAGUAGAAAAGAAACAGAGGUUACAAGAUAUAAAGGAGAUAUGUGAACUUAAGAGUUGCAAUAAUUGCAUAUAUAUGGAAUGUCGUAAAUCACAAUAUUGUUAUAUGUGGAUGGGAUGUAUGCCUAAUGGUCCUACUGCUAAAUUCCAAAUACAUAAUGUCCAUACCCUUGGUGAAAUGAAGCUUACUGGUAACUGUCUACGUGGUUCAAGACCUCUACUACACUUUGAUGCUGCCUUUGAUAAUACUACUACUCCACAAUUAAUGUUAUAUAAACAGAUGUUCAUAAAGAUGUUUGGGAUACCGAGGAAUCAUCCUAAAUCUAAGCCUUUCUAUGAUCAUGUUAUGGCAUUCUAUUGGUUGGAUAAUAAGAUAUGGAUUA